AUGGCUGAUCGCGCUGGUUUUGCCGGUGGCUUCGGUGCUGGAGCCCCAGCCCCGGCUGGUGGAGCUGCCCCAGCUGGCGGUCGUGGUGCUGGUGGACGUGGAGGUCCAGGAGGCCGCGGACGAGGUGGACCACGUGGUCCACGCCGUGGACGUGGUGGCCGUGAAGGAGAAGGUGGCUGGACUCCAGUUACCAAGCUCGGUCGUUUGGUUAAGGAAGGAAAGAUCAGCUCUAUCGAAGAGAUCUACCUCCACUCUCUCCCAAUCAAGGUAAGAGUUUUGUUGUUGUUUUUGAUUUUUAGGUAACAAGCGGAAAUAUCAGUAUAGGGAAUUGUGUAAUUUGAGUUUUGUUGUAAGGGUAUUUUUUAAUAUUUUUUUUCAUCAAUGGGACGAAUCUACAAUGUAGCCAAAGAAUAAGAAAGAUUUGGGGAUUCUAAGACUAAAGCACUAUUUUUUAGGAGUACGAAAUCAUCGACCAAUUGUUGUCCGGAUUGAAGGAUGAGGUCCUCAAGAUCACCCCCGUCCAGAAGCAGACCAGAGCCGGUCAACGUACCCGCUUCAAGGCUUUCGUCGCCAUCGGAGACAACGACGGUCACGUUGGAUUGGGUGUUAAGUGCUCCAAGGAAGUCGCCACCGCCAUUCGCGGAGCUAUUGUUGCUGCCAAGCUCUCCAUCGUCCCUGUCCGCAGAGGAUACUGGGGAUCUAAGAUGGGAAAACCCCACACCGUCCCUUGCAAAGUAAUUUUUCUUUUUUAACAUCAACUAUCAUAUUGGUUUUUACAAAUAUUUUGUCACAUGAUCUUUGCUUUAAAAAUGGCGAACUAGAUCCUUCUGAUACGUAUUAUUUUGUUAAAAAAUAUGUUGAAUAAGUUUUUAAAAGGUAUUCUAUAUUCUAUAUGUUUAAAUUUUAGGUAACCGGAAAGUGCGCCUCCGUCUUAGUACGUCUGAUUCCAGCCCCCCGUGGUACCGGUAUUGUCGGAGCCCCCAUCCCAAAGAAACUUUUGGGUAUGGCCGGUAUUGAAGAUUGUUACACUAGCGCCGUCGGACAGACCGCCACCCUCGGUAACUUCGCCAAGGCUACCUACUACGCCAUCCAACGUACAUACUCUUACCUUACCCCCGACCUCUGGAACGAGAACGCCCUCGAGAAGUCGCCCUACCAAGUGCACCACGAGUUCAUCACCCAAAAGGCUACACGUCAUUAA